CGGGGCGGCAGACGCUGAACGGGAUGUCGACUGGCUUUUGCUUCUCUUGCCAGCAUUGUGGGACCGGGGCAGAAGAAUCCACCAGGGCCACUCGUCCGGCUGCCUCUCCGGAAUGAGGCCUCGGCUCCCGCGCCGGACGUCCCCCUUCCUCCUCCGAGGGAGCCCAAGGAGAGGCCAAAGCCGAGACGAUGCCCGGGAAGCUGAAGGUGAAAAUCGUGGCCGGGCGCCAUUUGCCCGUGAUGGACCGAGCUAGUGACCUGACUGAUGCCUUCGUGGAGGUAAAAUUUGGUAAUACCACCUUUAAAACAGACGUGUAUCCGAAAUCCCUCAACCCUCAGUGGAACUCUGAAUGGUUUAAAUUUGAGGUGGAUGAUGAAGAUUUACAGGACGAACCUCUACAGAUCACAGUUCUUGACCAUGAUACCUACAGUGCGAAUGAUGCCAUUGGUAAAGUCUACAUUGAUAUCGACCCUUUACUCUACAGUGAAGCUGCAACAGUCAUCUCGGGAUGGUUUCCAAUUUAUGACACCAUACAUGGUAUCCGUGGAGAAAUCAAUGUAGUUGUCAAAGUAGACCUCUUUAAUGAUUUAAAUCGAUUUAGGCAGUCGUCCUGUGGAGUCAAAUUCUUUUGCACAACAUCUAUUCCAAAGUGCUAUAGAGCUGUGAUAAUUCAUGGGUUUGUAGAAGAACUUGUAGUCAAUGAAGACCCGGAAUAUCAAUGGAUUGAUCGAAUUCGUACACCAAGGGCGUCAAAUGAGGCCAGACAGAGACUCAUUUCUUUAAUGUCAGGUGAACUGCAGAGGAAGAUUGGCUUGAAAGUGCUUGAAAUGAGAGGAAAUGCGGUUGUUGGGUACUUACAGUGUUUUGAUCUGGAAGGCGAAUCUGGGUUAGUGGUACGAGCCAUAGGAACAGCGUGUACACUGGAUAAAUUAAGUAGCCCAGCAGCGUUUCUUCCUGCAUGUAAUUCCCCAUCCAAAGAAAUGAAGGAGAUUCCCUUCAAUGAAGAUCCCAAUCCCAAUACUCACUCAUCAGGACCCUCAACCCCUCUGAAAAACCAAACCUAUUCCUUUUCACCUUCCAAGUCCUACAGUCGACAGUCCUCUUCUUCUGACACAGAUUUGAGUUUGACACCCAAAACUGGAAUGGGAAGUGGUAGUGCUGGAAAAGAAGGGGGGCCAUUUAAAGCCCUUUUAAGACAACAGACCCAGUCAGCAUUGGAACAGAGGGGAGGAUCACCUCAUAGGUUCUGUAGAAGGCGGGAAUUUCCAUUUUUUACCUUGACGGCGUUUCCCCCUGGAUUUCUCGUGCACGUUGGGGGCGUUGUUAGUGCACGCUCUGUGAAGCUUUUGGAUCGUAUCCACAAUCCUGAUGAACCAGAAACUCGAGAUGCGUGGUGGGCAGAAAUCAGACAAGAAAUAAAGUCACAUGCUAAAGCUUUAGGCUGUCAUGCUGUAGUGGGCUACAGUGAAUCAACUAGCAUCUGUGAAGAGGUCUGUAUUUUGUCUGCGUCCGGCACGGCGGCGGUCCUGAACCCUAGAUUCCUGCAGGACGGCACCGUGGAGGGCUGUUUGGAACAGAGGCUAGAAGAAAAUUUGCCUGCAGGCUGUGGAUUUUGCCAUAUCCCAUAUGAUGAACUGAACAUGCCAUUUCCAGCUCAUCUCACAUAUUGCUAUAACUGCAGGAAACAAAAAGUUCCUGAUGUUCUCUUUACAACUAUAGACCUUCCGACAGAUGCAACAGUUAUUGGAAAAGGUUGUCUUAUUCAAGCAAGGUUGUGUCGCUUAAAAAAGAAAGCACAGGCAGAAGCAAAUGCCACAGCUAUCAGUAAUCUGUUGCCAUUUAUGGAAUAUGAAGUGCAUACUCAGCUAAUGAAUAAACUAAAACUCAAAGGAAUGAACGCUUUAUUUGGACUGAGAAUUCAGAUCACAGUGGGUGAAAAUAUGUUGAUGGGCUUAGCGUCGGCUACAGGUGUCUAUUUAGCAGCUUUACCAACUCCUGGUGGUAUUCAGAUUGCUGGGAAGACUCCUAAUGAUGGUUCAUAUGAACAGCAUAUAUCUCAUAUGCAAAAGAAGAUAAAUGACACGAUUGCUAAGAAUAAAGAGUUAUAUGAAAUCAAUCCUCCGGAGAUAUCUGAAGAGAUUAUAGGAUCGCCCAUCCCAGAACCUAGACAACGCUCAAGACUUUUAAGAUCUCAAUCAGAAAGCUCUGAUGAAGUUACGGAAUUGGACCUUUCACAUGGGAAAAAAGAUGCUUUUGUUUUGGAGAUUGAUGACACAGAUGCUAUGGAAGAUGUACAUUCUCUACUUACUGAUGUUCCUCCUCCUUCAGGCUUUUAUAGUUGUAAUACAGAAAUUAUGCCUGGUAUAAAUAAUUGGACAUCUGAAAUACAGAUGUUCACAUCAGUAAGAGUAAUGCGGUUAAGCAGCCUUAACCUGACUAAUCAAGCCCUCAAUAAGAACUUUAAUGACCUCUGUGAAAAUUUGCUCAAGAGCCUGUAUUUUAAACUACGGUCGAUGAUCCCCUGCUGCCUUUGCCAUGUAAAUUUUACAGUAUCCCUGCCUGAAGAUGAGUUAAUUCAGGUUACGGUCACAGCAGUUGCAAUAACUUUUGACAAAAAUCAGGCUUUACAGACCACUAAAGCACAUGUUGAGAAGUCACUGCAAAGAGCCUCUACAGAUAAUGAAGAACUUCUGCAGUUUCCACUGGAACUCUGUUCAGAUUCACUUCCUUCUCAUCCUUUUCCACCAGCUAAAGAACACCUGGAGAGUGCAAGUUCUAACUCAGGUAUACCAGCUGCACAGAGAGCAACGUCAGUUGAUUACAGUUCCUUUGCAGACAGAUGCAGCAGCUGGAUAGAGCUCAUUAAACUGAAAGCUCAGACCAUAAGGCGCGGAUCAAUUAAGACAACUGUGACAGUUGAAAAAACAAGUCCAAUGGGUGAAGGAAAUUUCCGGAAUCGUUCUGCCGCACCUUGUGCAAAUUCUACAGUUGGGGUGGUUAAGAUGACACCUCUUUCUUUCAUUCCGGGAGCAAAAAUAACUAAAUAUCUUGGAAUAAUCAACAUGUUUUUUAUUCGGGAAACCACUUCUCUUCGUGAGGAGGGAGGAGUCAGUGGGUUUCUCCAUGCUUUCAUUGCUGAAGUGUUUGCAAUGGUGCGAGCUCAUGUCGCUGCAUUAGGAGGGAAUGCUGUUGUCUCCUACAUAAUGAAGCAGUGUGUCUUCAUGGAGAAUCCAAAUAAAAACCAGGCACAGUGUCUGAUAAACGUAAGCGGUGAUGCAGUGGUCUUUGCUCGUGAAUCUGAGUUAGAAGUGGUGUCAACGCAGCAGCCCGCUGCCAACUGCCAGCCAGCGUGUACCGGAGGAGAAGUUACGACCUGAAGAAAAUGAGAAAGAGCUCAGCUAAAUGAAAUCCAUCUGUCUCCAUGCUUUUGUCAUUAAUUUUCUUACUAGACUUUAAAAAAUGAACUUAAUUGGAGAUAAUUAAGAAAGAAUUAUGGGUGGAUUUGAUUUGUCUGGAAUCUCUUGGAGGCAUAGAAUUUUCGAAUCUUGAUGUUUUCUUUGCCAAGCCUAGACAGUCAGGCCCCAUGGAAUCUCGACCCUGCAAUAAGGUCAGAUAAAUUUCUCAGAGAACCAUAGCAAAGAUGAAAGCUAUUUGUAAUUUAUGUUGAUUUUAAUAACAUCCUAAUUUAAAAGAUGAAAUGGUAAGAUUAUCAGCAAAUUAGGAUAGCUACCCUAGUGUAAUUUAGACAAACCAAGCAAGAAAUUCACAAAUUGUUAAUAAAUAAAUAAUCUGAUUUGAGGAAUGUGUGGGGAAAAUGGAGAAAAGUUUUCAGAAGAGUAUGUGGGUUUCCAAACGUGUUUUCUUUUGAUGAGGAAUUUGGUAACAACUGGAAGGGAAAGUGGUUCAGCAAAAGAAGUGAAAAUUCUGCAGUUUAUAUCUGUAAUAUGUCCUAACUACUGUAAACGGAAAAGUAAUUUAUCAGAGCCAUUGUCCCUCUGUUCAAAGUUUUAAUAAUGUCUCUAAGGAGGCAAGAAAAAAAUUACCGUGUAACUUUGUUACUGGCCAAACUUCAGUUAGUGUUUCAUUGUCUAGAAGAGGCUUGACUUCAGCUGGGAAGAAAAGGUCAGUGAAUUUUGUUGAAGUAGUUAAAAUAUAAGUGAUCUGGUAGGAAUAUAAAAUUAUUUUCUAAUAAAAUCAUACUGCACUCCCAUCAAAUAAGCAGAAUUCUAGUAAUAUCUUAGGGAUUUUUGAAGGUGAGUUAGACUGUAUUUGGCAUAGAAUUUGAAAACGUAACUUGAAUGUAAAUAUGCUACAAAAUGAUGAAUGUAUACUUAGAAAUACUUUUUUGGUCAAUGCCAAAUACCUGUUAUAAAUGAACCUUGAAAAGUACAUUCCUCCUUUGCACAAUAAAAUUUCUUUAUAAAACUCAUGGUUUUGCUCUUCCACGAUAACAAACUGCUCUAAAGAUUAGGAGUCAUUUCCUUGUUAUCACAGGUGUCAAUAUUUUUCUGUAUUUUGUUUAUAAUUUUAUUUUUUAAAUAAAAAGUUUAUAAAGAUGAA